AUGCCUGCUCCUCCCGGGCACCUGGGUAAUCUGACGCCCGAGCAAGAAGCCAAACUGCGCGAAUUCUGGGCUGCUACUUUGAGGAUCUUUGGUGUAGAGGACCCCCAACAGGCCAGUGGAACAGAAACACCACGAACAGAGGAUGCCGCAUCAGAAAUUGAUGUCAAGGACAAAGAGAAGAGCAAAAAGCGACUGGGUAUAUUCAAGAGACACAAGGAUAAGGAGUCAAGUAACGGAUCGGCCACGCCGACGAAAGACCCAAGCCAUCAUGCGGAUUCCGAUGACAAGUAUGGCCAAGUAAAAGAAUUCCAGCAAAUAUUAGCCACACAGUCACCUGAAAGCUUGCGCAGCACCUUUUGGAGCAUGGUCAAGGCCGACCAUCCAGAUGCACUACUGCUGCGCUUCCUAAGAGCACGAAAAUGGGAUGUCGACAAGGCACUGGUCAUGUUGAUCUCUACGAUGCGAUGGCGAAGUCAGGAACAACAUGUCGACGACGAUGUUGUGUUGCGUGGCGAAGGGGGUGCGCUAGAGGACUCGAAAUCCAGUGACCCGGUCAUCAAGAGAGAGGGAGAAGAUUUCCUGGCGCAACUAAGGUUAGGGAAGAGUUUCCUGCACGGCACCGAUAAAGAAGGCAGACCGCUGUGUUUUGUACGGGUACGCCUUCAUCGAGGCGGCGACCAGACCGAACGUGCCCUUGAAAGGUACACGGUUUAUGUGAUUGAGACGGCCAGACUCGCCUUGAGGCCGCCAAUAGAGACCGCUUGUAUAGUUUUCGACAUGACCAAUUUCACCAUGGCCAACAUGGAUUAUACCCCUGUCAAGUUUAUGAUCAAGAUCUUUGAAGCCAAUUAUCCUGAGUCCCUUGGCGCCGUCCUCGUCCACAAGGCGCCAUGGAUUUUCCAAGGCAUAUGGAAGAUCAUCCGCGGCUGGCUCGACCCUGUUGUAGCAGGCAAAGUGCACUUUACGUCUGGAGUGGAGGACCUCGAGAAAUUUAUCCCUAGAUCACAGAUCAUCAAGGAGUUGGAUGGAGAAGAGGACUGGGAGUAUAAGUAUGUGGAGCCAGUACCUGGUGAGAACGACGCCAUGAAGGAAGAAGGGCCGCGGGAUGCUCUCCAAGCCGAGCGGGACACCCAAGUUCGCGCAUAUCAGAAUAAGACAUUUGAAUGGAUAUCGAAAGGAACAGGGCCGGAUGUGGACAAGAUCAAAGAAGAGAGGCACACCCUAGCGAAGGAGCUGAACGAAAACUAUUGGAAACUGGACAAAUAUGUGCGGGCCAGAACGUAUUACGACCGCACUGGCAUGAUCGGACCAGACGGCAAGAUCAACUUUUACCCCCCGCCUCCGGGAAAGGGAGAGAACGCGGAUCUCAAACCGACGUCGCCAGAGACCUUAGCGGAUGCACCCAAGGUCGAGACCUCUGCCGAUGAUGUCGACUAA